AUGAAAGCUGUCAAUCGAUUUGUCAGCUUCUUCCGGUGCUGCACCAACGGGAAUGAGCCCAAUGGGGACCAGUACUUGCAGCCCCUAAAUCUAUUCAACCCACGGUCGGGCGUAUCAGUGGAGGACCUGGUGGAGCAGAGCUCGGCCGCCAGGGAGAAGCUAUGGAGCAGUCUGGGCACCCUCGAGCCCUUUGCCCUGAGCCAGAACCUCUCUGCAGCAGCUGCCACGGGUCCCAAGUGGCCAGCCCUUCAGCAAAGCUUCCGGCUGAUCCAUCGCCCCAACGGCUCCGUCCUCCUGGUCAGCGACGGCCUGUCGGACCCCUUUGACGACGUGCAAGAGAGUGGUGGCAACGUGAACGGCUACUCCCUGGAGUUCUUCAUCGAGACCCCCGCCUCGGAGCUGGGCACCUCCCCCGCGGACGUGAAGGCCAGCUGGCAGUUCCAGCUGCUGUUCACGGUGAGCCAGCUGGCGGCGGGGCACGGCUCCAUCCGCUCCAUCAUCGAUGACAUGGAGCUGCUGUCCACAGAGGCCGAGGGCGUGGCCGAGGCGGUGCCUGAGGCGGCGCGCGGGGCCCACGUCAACCGCGCGGGGCGCGUGGGGGCGCUGCUCGGCCUCCACGACCCCAGCAUGGGCAUCCCUGCCUUCAUCCCCAACAUGCCGCUGACGGAUGUGAGGCUGGUCAACAUCAAGCUCAUCUCCCUGGCGGAGCUGAAGCUGAUCACCGACCGGGGGGCGCACGGCCGGAGGCGGCUGGCGGAGCUGUUUGCCGCGCAGCCCGGCGCCCUGAUCAGCUCGCUGGAGAGGCCCUCGGUCCUCUGA